AUGAGGGCUGAAACCAGAGAAUCUUCAGGAAGGCUUGCUAAGGAUGCUGGAACCUGCUGCCCUGAAACUGAACCUGCGGGCCCCAGCUCAGCACUUUGCCGAAAUAUUAAGACUCUGCUCCUCAGUAGUCUGAGCCCGCACCGACCGCGAGGAUCGGCUCUUCCAUCGCUGGGGCGCGCGUCCUCCGUGAACCUGGGCGAGGCCUCUCUGACCCGAUCGCUGCCGCUGCUGCCGCAGCCGCGGCCGCUGCCGGUGCUUCAGGACAGAAGGCUCAAGGGGGAGCCCGAGCGCCUGCAACCGCUGUGCCGCCCCCUCCACGCUGCCCCGGCCCUGCAGGAGCCCCGCGCCCGCCAUACUGCCCUGGAUUCCGACCGCGGACGCUCCUGCGGGGACCCGGCCGGGUACAAGGGCGACCUGAUGGCCGAGGGCGAACAGUGGGCCAGCCGAGACCUGUUCAUCGGAAACCUGGACCACACCGUGUCGGAGGUGGAGCUGUGCCGGGCCUUCGGGAAGUACGGCAUUAUCGAGGAGGUGGAAGUCAAGAGGCCUGCCAGAGGGCAGGGCGCAGCCUGUGCCUUGCUGAGGUUCCAGAGCCUGGAAGCGGCCCAAAGAGCUAAGAUGGCCAUGUCAGGCCGCGUCUUUGGCAGAAGUCCCAUUAAGGUGGGUUACGGCAAGGCCAACCCCACCGCUCGCCUCUGGGUGGGUGGCCUGGGACCCAACACCUCACUGGCAGCGCUGGCCCAGGAGUUUGAUCGCUUUGGAAUCAUUCGGACCAUCGAUCACGUUAAAGGAGAUGACUUUGCCUACAUCCAGUUCGAAACCCUGGACGCAGCCGAGGUCGCCUGUGCUGAAAUGAGGGGCUUUCCUGUGGGUGGUCCACACCGUCGGCUCCGUGUGGAUUUCGCCAAGGCAGAGGAGACGCGGUAUCGCCCGCAGGGCCAGCCCUCAGCCCUUCCUGUGCACUGUGACCUUCUCGCCGAUGGUUAUACCUGGCACUCAACCCUGGAUACGGACCUGCGGGUGCGAGAUAAUACGCCCCGAUACCUGUAUUUGGACCGAGACCGGACCUUUUUAGACGCGGACUGGAUGGGUCCCAGGAAGAGUGCGGAUCCCAGAAGCAGCCUGGAGGGUUACAGCCGCUCAGUGCGCAGUCGCGGGGGUGAGCGCCGGCGAGCGGAAGCAGGCAGAGUCCUGCCCAGGCCCUGGGAAGACGGCGCGGAGGACAACCGCGGGAGGGUAAUCCCCCGCGCCUCUGCCGAGCGGAGAUGGACCAAGGGUGUUAGACAGCAGUACGGCUACGAGGAGAACCGCUCUGAUGCUGUGACCAGGGAGCCAGGCUGCAACUCCCUCAGCAACAGCAGACGUGAGGCGGAGGAGUGGGGCCACCACUUCUUCCGCAGAGCUCCAGACUCUUUCUUUCUGAAGAAGACGAGAGAGAGAGAGGACAAUUAUUGGACCACUGAGGCCGAGCCCAAGUCUCUUGAAGAACCAAAACAUGAGACCAAAAAGCUGAAGACUCUUUUAGAGUGCGCUCAGACAUUGCAGCUGGGUUGGAAUGGGCUUCUCGUGUUGAAAAGCAGCUGCUUCCUAACAUCUAUGUAUAUCCUAGAGGGGGACCAGGGAGUCGUCAGAGGUCUCCUCAGAGACCAGGCUUCCGGGAACAAGCUGACCCAGCUGAGGAUUACCCAGCGCCUUCGACUGGACCAGCCCAAGUUCGACGAGGUCACACAACGCCUCAAGCAGGGGAGCGCCGAUGGCUAUGCCGUGCUCCUAGCCACCCAGGCGGUCCCCAGUGGAGCUGGCACCGAGGGGAUGCCUCCCGAGGAGCCAGGCCUACAGAGGCGGCUUCUCAGGAACCUGAUCUCUUACUUGAAGGGCAAGGAGGCUGCAGGGGUGAUCAGCCUGCCUGUGGGCGGGUCCAAGGGCAGAGACUGCACCGGCAUGCUCUAUGCCUUCCCGCCCUGCCCCUUCUCGCAGCAGUACCUCCAGUCUGUGCCGAGGACCCUGGGCAAGCCGGAGGAGGAGCAAAUGCUGGUAGUGAUAGUAACAGAUGUGGCCCAGCCCAAAGCUGCCUGUGCCAGCACCAUAUCUUUGUCCCAAAAGCAGUUACUUUAA